CUUGGUGAUAAUACGAUCAUGAUUGUUGCUAGUACUGAUUAUUAGAAAUAUCUAUACUUGACUCAGCAUCACAUAUUAUCGCCCACCAUCCAUGCGAUUACACAAUUUAAAAUUACACAAUUUGUAUAAAAUUGAUCCUUUUUUCAGAUCUGUGACUGCGUAUCCGUUACAUUUGAAACGAGGUAGUCCGUUCUUCAUUAGAAGCUGCCACAAUGGACAGUGAGACAGCAAAGGUGAAGAACCGUGAUGACUGGCAAUGGAGCCCUCAAAAACGUAGACUCGGUGAACUAGACUAUUUCUUUGAGGAAGGAGAUCUAGUAUGUUAUGCGAAACAUACCAACACUCCUCUGGAUGGAGUUGAUUGGCUGGAUAAUUUGAACAAAGUGCCGGAGUUUCCGUGUAGUUUGGCAAAUUGUAAUAAAGUCUUUGAUACUCUAGUCAGUUAUGAGCUCCACUAUAACAGUUGCCAUAGGAAUGUCUGUCAGGAAUGUAAACGAUCAUUCCCUUCAAAUCAUCUCCUGGAUAUACAUCUUCUUGAAUGGCACAAUGCUUUGUUUGACUCCAUGGCAAAGAACCAAAACAUGUAUCAGUGCCUCAUAGAAACAUGCACGGAAAAGUUCAACUCAUCAAAAUCCAGGAAGGAUCAUCUAAUAAAGGUUCACAAAUAUCCAUCUAAUUUCCGGUUCGAUAAGCCACGCAGUAAAUCAAAGGCUAAAAAGAAAACUGACAAAGAUCUUGAAAAUAUGGAGGUUGCCCAAUGUGGUAGUUGUACUGACAAACCAAACAUUGAAUCUAUGGAUAUAAACGAACCAGCAUCAAAUGAAAACACAAAAUCUCAACCUAAGCGUAUAUUCAGCUACAAAGUGCCUGAAAAUAUAUCAUUUGGGCAGGGAAUAUCUCGAGGUUUUCACCGUCCAAGGGGACGAGGACGUGGCCAUGGGGGUAAGGUGAACCCUAAGAAACAGUGGUAUAAUGCAGGCAAAGAUCCUGAUAUGGACACAAGUGUUAAUAUUGAUGAAGUAAAGAUGGAUGAUUUAGCUUCUGCUUUAGAUACUGUCGAAAAAUGACAUGUUAUAAAUUGUGAUAUCACAUGGAGUCGCGAAAUAAACAUUAAUGCAAGAGUAUUUUCGAUGGAAUUAAAUGCCUUAAAAACUGGGUGCUGUAAAUUCAUAAUGAAUCAUGAAGUCCAAGAAUGAAAAAGAUUUAGCUGUAUAGCUUUGACAAUACCUGUUCUCAAUUUGCAUAAAUA